CCGAGACCGAAGAACCGAAUCCACUCUCACGGAUAAGGGGGAAGAGGAGAGAGAAAAAAAAAAGAAAUCGAUGGCGACGGGCGGCGGCGACAACGGCGGCGCUGCGGGCGACGGCGAGUUCUACCUUCGGUACUACGUGGGGCACAAGGGCAAGUUCGGGCACGAGUUCCUCGAGUUCGAGUUCCGCCCCGACGGCAAGCUCCGCUACGCCAACAACUCCAACUACAAGAACGACACCAUGAUCCGCAAGGAGGUCUUCGUCUCCCCCUCCGUCCUCCGCGAGGCCAGGAGGAUCAUCCAGGAGUCCGAUAUUAUGAAGGAGGACGACAGCAACUGGCCGGAGCCCGACCGCAUCGGCCGGCAGGAGCUCGAGAUCGUCAUGGGCAACGAGCACAUCUCAUUCACCACCUCCAAGAUCGGCUCCCUCGUCGAUGUCCAGUCCAGCAAGGACCCGGAGGGCCUCCGGAUCUUCUACUACCUCGUCCAGGAUCUGAAGUGUUUUGUGUUUUCGCUCAUCAACCUCCACUUCAAGAUCAAACCAAUUCAGUCCUGAGCUCCAUUCCAUGCUGUUCCGUAACUGUGUUAUGAAACUGCGAGUGUUUAAGAGAGAACCUGUACCAUGUAAGAUCCUAUUUAGUUUGUGAUGAUGCACUCGGGUUGUGUGGAGCAUUGGGUGGAAGCGGAACUUUGAGUUUGCCUGAGAUUGCUGUUUGGAUGUGCAAACUGUGAGUAAUGAUAUUUAUGCUUCUUUCCUUGUUUCCUA